CCGAACUAUCUUUUUUUAUUUUAGUUUCUUCUUCUUCUUCUUUUAAUUGAAACUGUUCCUUUAUCUUAGACAUACUGGCUUUAUAAUAUGAAAUAUUUCAUCACUUCUGCAGUGCUAUUGUUAUUAUUCAAUACGGCUGUUCCAUCUGCUCAAGGUGCAGCUGUCAAUCAAGGGAAUUUGGCCCGUAAAGAAUACCAUAAGGGACUCUCCCGUAGUUUCGGUCCAGAAGUACCGUUUCGAGAUUAUGCUACUCUGAAUCAUCGUCAACGCCAAACCGAUUACAGUGCUUUCACUAUAACUGAUCUACCGGAGGAUAUUGCUAUCGCAUUUGCUGAAUCAGAAUUGACAUCCAGUGAUUUCACUGUUCAGAGCUCCUACAAAACGGAUUUAAACGGUGUGACUCAUGUUUAUCUACGUCAAAAGGUCAAUGGAUUGGAGGUGUUAAACGGUGACAUCAAUAUCAAUGUCGAUCGCUUUGGCAAUGUUAUAUCGUAUGGUAAUUCCUUUGCAAAAGGUGUCAUCAAUGUUGAAAAAGUAAUGGAUCCAACAGCCUAUCAUGAUAAGCCCACCACACUAUUUAAGAAGUUCAAAAAGGGAUUGCGUACAAUUGUUUCAAAUCCAUUCGCUCAAGUGGUAUUUGCUCCACAGAAUCUAUUUUUGGAGCAGCAAAUAAACAAUGCACAACAGCGAAUGGAGAACACCCUUCGCUAUAACAGUGAUGAAAUUGUUUACAACAUUGUGAAUCAAGAGAAAGAAGUCAUUCAUCCCACAGAAGCUGUCUUAUCUCUUAUGGCCUUUGUCAAGGACUCGCUUCCCGAUCCUACAGUUUUGGAUUCCGUCAUGCCCGAGAAUUUCGUGAUGAUCAAUACUCUUAAAAGAAGCCACCAGGAUGAAGACAACGGCCAUCCUAUUUCUUUCCAAUACGAGAAUGUACCUUUUGCUCAGUCGCCUGUUGAGGUGCGUCAAGCUUAUAUUCAAACUGAAAAUGGAGACCUGCAAUUGGUGUGGGAUUUGCAAUACGAGCUGCAUGAUAAUUGGUACAACGGUCAUGUGAAUGCAUACGAUGGUACCAUCGUAGCUUUGAAUGAUUGGGUAUCCAGCGCAUCAGCUUCGUAUAAUGUGAUUCCCUUUGGCUAUAACGAUCCUAAUGAAACUUUACAACAACUCCUGAAAAAUCCCCAUGAUACAUGGGCAAGUCCUGAUGGCUGGCAUGCUCAGGGUCUCCUAGCCAAAGGCGCGAAAACCUUCAAUGUAACCAUUGGUAAUAAUGCCUAUACUCAUACCAAUCCGGAUGGCGGAAAUGAAUGGCAGAAGAACUAUCGUCCCGCUGGCCAUGUGGACGAAGCAACCGGUGAUGUUGUUUUUGACUAUGUUGCCGAUUUUGAGAAAGAAGAACCUAUCGACUAUGAAGACGCUGCUGUGACAAAUCUCUUUUAUUGGUGCAAUACAGCACAUGAUUUCUUUCAUCGCUAUGGAUUUGAUGAAAAAGCAGGUAAUUUUCAGCAAGAUAACCUUGGACGUGGUCGAACGAAUGACGAUGGUGCUGGCGAUGCUGUUAUUGCCAAUGCUCAAGAUGGUUCAGGCCGUAAUAAUGCAAACUUUGCCACUCCUCCUGAUGGCAAGCAUGGCAAGAUGCGUAUGUAUAUUUGGGAUCAAACCAAACCUAUGCGCGAUGGUGAUUUUGAAAGUGGUAUUGUUAUUCAUGAAUACACCCAUGGUGUCUCCAUUCGCCUUACGGGUGGGCCAAAGAACUCGAAUUGUCUUGGAUGGGGCGAAGCAGGUGGCAUGGGUGAAGGUUGGGGAGACUUUAUUGCUACUGUUAUUCGUAUGCGUAAAGACUAUACUCGCGAUAUUGACUUUGGCAUGGGCAAUUAUGCUAACGGCGGUGAAGGAAUUCGUAAAUACAAAUACUCUACUUCCAACGUCACCAAUCCUAGCACCUAUCGUAUCAUGGAUCGCUUCGACUACUGGGGCGUCCACGCUAAGGGUGAAGUUUGGGCAGAAAUGCUCUAUGAAGUCUAUUGGAAUCUGGUGGAUAGAUUAGGCUUCACACCUGAAUGGUUCCCACCCGUACCUGAAGACACAUAUAAGACGGCAAUGGAUGAAGACGAUCUCAAUAAAGUACGCACACAUAUUACAUCCUAUGGUAACACACUAGCUGUUCAACUCGUUAUUGAUGGCAUGAAAUUGCAACCAUGCAAUCCUACCUUCACCUCGGCUCGUGAUGCUAUCUUGGAAGCAGAAAGACAAUUAACAGGUGGCCAGUACCAUUGUGAUAUCUACCGUGCAUUUGCUAAACGUGGCCUUGGACCAGGCGCCAAACUUGAACGAAAAGGUUGGAUUGAACAACGUGUUGAGGAUUAUUCGCUCCCAGCCAUUUGUCAAGAAGAUUAGGCUCUAAGCAGCUAUCUAUUUCCGUCUUGCACUCUUUUAUCUAUCACAAUACCCCCUUUGUUAUACUUUUUUUUUUUUUUUCUUGCCAUACCAAUAUUAGGUCCGCAAAGUACCUCACAUACUACAAUUCAAUUGUCUUGUUUACGUUAUUGAUAUUUAUAUACACAGUGAA